AUGGCCUUGGUAAUGGAUAAUGGGACUCAAUUCACAAGCAAUGUCACCAAAGAAUUUUGUGCGGAGAUGGGAAUUGAAAUGCGAUUUGCAUCAGUGGAACAUCCACAGACUAACGGCCAGGCAGAAUCAGCCAACAAGGUUAUUCUGAAGGGCUUAAAGAAAAAAUUGGAUGAAGCAAAAGGUCUUUGGGCGGAGGAGUUUCCAGGCGUCCUAUGGGCAUAUAACACGACUGAACAGACAAGCACGAAGGAAACCCCAUAUCGUUUAACUUAUGGAGCUGAUGCCAUGCUUCCGGUGGAAAUUGAAAACCAAAGUUGGCGCAUAACCCGAUUUAACGAGAACGACAAUGGGGAGAAUUUGAUAGGCACACUUAAGGAAUGA